UUAAGCGAGGACGUGGGAUCUCAUCUUGUAACAUGUGGAGUCCAGCGAGGCAAUCAUAGAUUUGGAAGUAUUUACGAAAGUAGAAGAGAAGGGCGAAAGCAAAAGCAGAAAGAAGAAGAAGAAGAUGAUGAAGGUUUGGAUGUUGGUUUUGGUGUUGAGCAUCAGUGCGAUUGGGUUUUGUAAUGGACUAGAUCUACCACCAUGCCUCACGCCGCUAUCUCCAUGCAUUAAUUUUUUGAACUCCACUGACCCACCCCAAACUUGCUGCAAUCCAAUCAAAGAAAUGAACGCAGCCCAGAAUUCAUGUUUCUGCGAACUUGCAUUAACUCCUCCUGGAGCACUUGAAGCUUUGGGUAUCACUAUCCCUCAGGCUCUUCAACUUGCUCAAUCUUGCGGCGUCAACUUCAAAAUCACCUCCUGCAAAGCUCCGCCUCCGUCGUUGCUGCCGCCUUCGGCAACGGUGGGAGGUGAUGAAGGAGGCACAUGCAGAGCUACAUUCAGUGGGUUCUCCUUCGCACUGUUCUUGGGUGUUUACGCUGUGUUUAAUUAGGAUGAUUAAUUUUCCCUUCACAAAACCUUGCUUGGAUUCGAGUUAAUAAUUAAUUUCCAUUGUUCAUCAAUA